AUGAUACAAGACUACCCGUUGACUAUCAUCGGGGCUCUUUUGUUCCUGGCUCGAUUGAAAGGCUGCCGAACGCCCAACAGCUAUCCUCACCGAGACAAAUUGCUAGGCUUUGACUAUCUGCGUGACUCCAUCAAGGCAAGGAAGAGCCAAUGCUACCUCAAGCGCGAGCAACAGCUACACCAGCAGAAUGGAAACACCUACCGAUCCAUCUUCCUAGGCCAAUGGGUAUUGAACACCAUAGAGCCUGAUAAUCUGCGAGUCAUAUUCUCCAGCAACUUCGCAGACUUCAAUACCGGAGCACGGCGUCGGAGGGCCUUCGGACCCCUUCUUGGGAACAGCCUCUUUCAGAUGGACGGGACGGAGUGGCGGUCGACACGUUCCUCCUUGCAGAAAUGCUUUGCGCAGGCUCGCACUGACGACGUUGACCUUUUCGAGCCCCAUGUGCGAGAUCUACUCACGGCCAUUCCACGUAACGGAGACACGUUAGACCUAGCUCCCCUCCUCCAUCACUUUGCGGCCGACGUCGCUACAGACUUUUUGUUUGGGGAGUCGCUUGACUCGCUCAACCAACCAGACAAGCUCGAGUCGGGCUUGUUGAACGCAUUCUAUGAAGCAGCAGCAGGAUCUUUGUUCUGGCCGCAGCGAUCAUUCAUGGCCCAUGUCCGCACGGUGCAUUCGUUCAUCGAGCCAUACGUUAACAAGGCAAUCCAGAUAGAUAGUCAGAACUUGUGUAAAAGCGAGACUGAGGAGAGUCGGCCGACUUUCCUGGAUCAGCUUUGCGAAAAGGUUCAGGAUAGGAAAUUGCUUCGGGAUGAAAUAUUGACCUUAUUCUUUGCCGGGGUUGACACCGUCGCAGCCCUUCUGGUCAAUUUAUUCUUCGUCCUAUCAAAACGUCCUGACGCAUGGAAGCGUAUGCGCGCAGAAGUACAACCCUUACAUGGCCAACGACCUACUCUACAGCAGUUGAAGGGUCUCAGAUAUGUGAAUGGCUCUAUUUUUGAGAGCCUCCGUAUUCAUCCGCCUCAAGCUUCGAACUCUCGAAUUGCAAAUAAGGAUACGAUCCUUCCAGCCGGCGGAGGAGCCGACGGCAAGUCUCGUAUCUUCGUACCAAAAGGUACGAUGGUGCACAUUGCGACAUAUGCUAUGCAUCGCCGACGAGAUCUUUGGGGAGACGACGCAGAAGAGUUCAACCCCGACCGCUGGAUCGAGCAAAAGCAGAAUUGGAAGUAUAUCCCCUUCUUAGGCGGACCGAGGAAUUGCAUAGGAAUGGAUUUGGCAAUCAACGAAGCCACAUACGUUCUCGCUCGGCUGGCGCAGAAUUUCCAAUCAAUAGACUCCGCAGAUCCCAACGACUGGGUCGAGAGCGCAGGUCUAGCGUUACAGUCCAAGAACGGAGCUCGGGUGGCAGUGACUUGGGAGUGACAAUGUGACGAGAGAUAUGUAACAUGGCGAGAUCGAGAAACGAUACUAGUAAUAUCUUACAGUUCCAUAAGACACUACUGAGAUCCGGCGUAUCAGAAAGACCAUGUCAGGUGACGCCGUGCAUAAGUGCCUGCAGAGGAGCGGGUCUUGAUAUAUGCACCACUUUGCUACGGUGGCCGUCGCUAGACACCCGGAUCGGAGUUACAGCAAUGUCUGUAGUCUAGCUUGAAUUGUUGCACAAAUCUGACACCGCUAAGAGCCUUGUUAUAGUCCGAUUGGAUUCCUCGAUACCCCACAAAGUAUAGUAGGCUGUGCUUAAAGACACAGAUAGCGGACAAGUCAGAGUUGGCUCUCGCAUCUCGGACACACUGGUUCCGGAUCAGAAUGCA